AUGCGAGAAAGGGCUGGAGAAGGCGUGAGGAAAGCUGGAUCAAAGGAAGCAGACGAUUCAGAACAUUUCAAGGUAAGUUUAUGACGUUGCCUUUUUGAUUUUUUUGUUUUUCUAGGCCAUUGAGCUAACAAUUUUCUCUGGUGUUACCUAAAAUAAUAUAAUUGAUAUUUCAGCCGGUCCAUGCUGAAGUAGAAUGUGAAGGCCAGCAUAACGUACCAAAGGGUGUGGAGAUGGAAUUCCGAGUUCAGAUUGCAUCCGGCAAAUUCGAUGGAUUGUCGAAAACUUAUGUAAUUUUAAUUAUUCUUGUUGGUUUGAUAUUUAGGUGGAAAUAAAGAAGAUUUGAUGAAUUUCAAUUUAGUAGGGGUGUUUUGUAGCAAUAUAAAAGCCCUGCUAGUCUUGUUUACCCCCGGAAAGCUCGAAUUCGGUCAGAUUCGUCGAUUCUGAUCCAAUUUUGCCUAGUACAAUAUAAUUUCUUUUCUCUUCUUCGAUCAAUCUGAGAAGUUCGGGUUGCAUCUCCUUAAAGCCUUUCGAUGCUUUCUCGUUGGUUUCACACGUAAAUUGUUGUUUUGUUAGAACUUUGGGAUCAUUUUUAUUAUUUAUUUGUAAAGGUUUCAGCGUAUGAAAUGUCGAAAACAUUUUCCCGCGAAUUUCUCUAUUUCCACUUUUUUCGUGGCGUGCCGCUGACCACCCCUGACUGUGACUGACACGCAGGGGUGGUCAGCAGACCCUAUUUUUCCGAUUUUCGGCCCGCGGCCCGGCCCGUCUAAUCACCGGCCCGGCCCGUCUAGUCUUUUUCCAGGCCCGUCUAUAGAGGGUUCUGCGAACUGCGCCCAGGCUCGGGAUCUAAACUGAGGCAAAAAAGGCGUUGAUCUAGCUAGUAAAGGAUCAAUGUGAUAGUUUUGUGGUUCUAUAAUGGAACUAUAGACUUGUAAACGUGUUAGAACUUGAGAAACAGCAACUAUAACAACAUCAAUUAAUUUUCCCGGCGCGAAAACAAUGAAUGCCAACGGUUUGGCAUUGUAAUUUAGACGGGCCGGGCCGGGCCGGAAAAACCCCAGGCCCGCGGCCCGGCCCGGCCCGGCCCGUGACGGGCCCGGCCCGUUUGUAAUUUUCCAUUUUUGAGGCCGGCCGGCCCGUUUGGGCCGGGCCGGCCCGGCCCGCUGACCACCCCUGCUGACACGAAAAGUAAAAAACAGUUGACGCAAGGGAGAGAGGAACAGUCGACCCGGACAUUUUCGACUUUGGAAAAAAAAUUGUGCGAUCAUUCCAAGUUUUUAGCAACUCUAACUUUGUAUACAACAAUGUCGUUCAACAGAGCCCAAAAGGCUGUUGGCAGAGAGCACAGGGAACGAGGUCAAGUAAGUUUUAGACCUUACUGCCCAUAGUGUUUUAGCUGAUUGACCGGAAACAUCUAGGCCUACUGGAGAAGAAGAAAGACUGGAUACAAAGGACCAGAGCUCACCAGAAAAAGUCAAACAAGUUAAAGAAAUUACGGACCAAAGCUCUGGAGAGGAAUCAAGAUGAGUUUGAUUUCCACAUGGUUAACAGCCAAGUCGGGGUACGUUAGACAUAAGAAUUUUUAUUUUUUCAGUUUGAUGGAAUUCAUAGAGAAGCGAAACAUACAGACCCGGAGGAGAGUUUUGUUCAAAAUCUCUUGAAUGAUGUCACCGAUAUCAAUUAUGUUCGCCAUAAACUUGCCUUGGAAAGAAAAGUAGGUAUUGGUACGAAAGUAAUUUAAUUAACGUGUUUAGAAAAUUGACAAACUGAAAUCGGUGUUGCACAUGACGGAUUCAAAUGCAAAGCGGAAUACACAUACAUUCUUUGUCGAGGAUGACCAGGAAGGUAAUUCUUUAUUGUUUUAAAUGAUAGUGAUAAUUGAAUAAUGAGUUUUUUAGUUUCUGAAUUAACAACAGAAAAGCUUUUUGGCAUCUCAUCGAGCCUGAUUGACAGAAAAAGCAAUAGGAUUCCAGAAGAGAAGUUAAGGUCUCAGGCAAUUGCAGUAGCAGAUAAGGCAUCGGCCAUGGUAUGUCAUGAAUAAUAUUAUUUACCUUGUACUUAGGAAAUCGAAAAACAACGUCAUGCGAUGUAUGAAGAGUUGGAUAAGAGAGUAAAGAGAGAGCGUGAACUGAACAUUGUUCUUCAGAAGUUGGAAUUGAAGAAAGCCGUUCAGAUGACUAAUAGGAUGGACAAACCCAAGUUGAUAAGUAAGGCUACAAAUGAAAAACCCGCCUGUUUCAAAUGGAAAUUUGAGAGGAAGAAGUAA